UAUGAUUUUUUUUUCUGGUGAAAAUGGCUGCCUUUCAGCUUUAAACCUCAGCGGUUCAGGAGGAAAAUAUCCAUCCCAUAAUCCAGAAUUAGCACGAUCGUUUAGGAAGAAAGCAUUUUGCGGUUCAAGGAUGUCCAUAUUCCUGCGUAAAUAACAUUACGCUUUUGCUUUCAAGAAUGGAAGAUAGAUCUGUUUCAUGUUUAACCCAUUACAUUCCGUGAUCCGCGUUCCAGAUGAGAAAAUGAUGCACCAAGUAGCCAGCAACAGCAACGACUAUGGUCUGGGUAGCAUUGGGGAUGAUGGACAACACCCAUCCAGUCACUUUGAGUUGUGCAGUUCACAGUCCAAUAAAUUUUACACCACCGCCCCACCUCCUGCACUACAACUGCCACUCCCAAACUUGCCCCCCUUGCCACAGAGCAUGAUCAAGCCCAUGUCCUGCCAGAUGCAGGAAUCCCAGAAUGAAUAUCACUCCCAAACAGUUCGAAUGAGAGCUGCAGAUGCUCCAGAGGGCUCCAAGAAAAAGAAAGGCCUUGGAAAGUCUGGACGACGAGGCAGGCCCUCGGGUACUACUAAGUCCGCAGGCUACAGGACAAGUACAGGGCGACCGCCUGGCACCACCAGAGCAGCAGGCUUUAAAACCAGCCCAGGACGGCCAUUGGGCACCACCAAAGCUGCAGGCUACAAGGUGAGCCCAGGUAGGCCUCCAGGCAGCAUCAAAACUCUGGCAAGGCUUAACAAACUGGACUAUGGCGCCUGCAAUGGUGCACCGUUCCCUUUUACCAUGAUGCAGAAGAGGGCCUUGUGCGAAGCCACUGUGAAAGAGAAAGACACUACUACAGAGUGAAAACAGUUUUUUUAUUUAUUGCAAGGGGGACUCGGGAUGUGGGUGCAUGUCCAAAGUCACAGUAAAUUGUGUUUAAGAUGUCAAACUCUUGCAAGAAAGAAAAAAAAUAUUGGAUUUUGAUACUACAACUCAUGUGUAUGUGCCAGUGUUAUCUUUUUGUGUAUCUUUUUCCAAAGAUCAUUAGCAUUACCUUUCUCGCAAUGACAUAUGUUAACCUAUGAUGUGCAUGACGGUAGUAUUGUGAAAUAAAUUUAAAGUAUUGAACACAUAUUAACCUUUUCAGUCCCUUGGACUUUGCUGAAGUGAGAUGUAGAGAGAACUGCAAUUUUGUUGUUUUACAUUUAACUUGAUCUUUUUUUUAUAAUUUCGAUGUAAUGUUACUGCUAGGAAGUCUUCAUCACAUAGUUUCACUCUAGAUUUUAGAACAUUGCAUUUGACUUGAAAUAUCUGAUCACUAGUAAUAACCUCUCUGUUCCCCUGAUGUGUAUGUGAAAGUGCUCUGUAAUGUCCAAUGACAUGUUGAUCUUUUUUGUUGUUGCUGUAUUCAUGAAAUGUCAGGUUCCCUUUUCAGACAGAGGAUGGUGUGGAUUUUUGAUAAAACGUCAAGUCAGAUUUCAGCAAUGACAUAAUGCUCUUGUAAAUAUAACUGUGAGUUUAUAUCAGCCAUUGUGUUCUGUUCAACCUAAAACUGUUUUGCUGAUCAAUGAUCCACUCUAAAAUUCUGUUACUUAUUUUUUUCACCACUGGACUAAAACAAGUCUUGGUUUUGUGUAAUUGAAUACACCUGAUCUGAUAAAAAAAUAAAUAAA